GAUGCGUUCGAGGACGCCGUCGACGCCGCCUCUGUACGAUCUCUGACCAAGAGAUCGGUGUCCGCCACGAGACCACAACCUCCCCCGCCAGAGCAGGAUGCCACCAAGUCUGACGCCGAGAGCGACAAGGAGGAGGAAGCCGAAGAAGCGAAAUCAGACAAGGGCGAGGAGAAGCCAGAACCCCCCUCACGCGGCUCAACGCCGCUGUCUCAUCGCAUCUCCAACAUCUCCAACACAUCGAAUCUUGAUGUGGUCAACUUGGACGAUGAUGCUGCCCCACAACCCCAGGGUACACCUCUCUCACACCACCAGCUGAGCAGAACGACCUCUUUGAUCAACAGUGCUGCCGCUGCAGUACCUUCGUCGCCGGCCAAGAGCUCGCCGGUGGCCACAACCGAGGCCAAGACCCCUGCGGCAGCGACGCCGCCUGCCGCUGCCCCAGCUGCGGCCCCAGCUGCGCCCCCUGCACCAAUGGGCAGGAGACUCACCAGCCCUUUCUCCUGGCUGUCUAGGAACUCUAGUAAAGACAAAGACGUCAGUGCCGCCUCAACUACUGGGCCGUCUGCCCGGAGGAACACUGCUAGUUCCGUUGCUACUGUGGGCAGCAACCCUGAGAUGAUGUUGAGCAAGCUCGAGGAAGAGAGAGAAGGUGAUGGCAAGGCAACCAACCGGAACAGCCUCAAGGAUCGAUUCAAGGUGCUUCGGGCGCAGCAGGAGACCGGUGCUCCGCUUACUGUGAACACGGAGGGCCUUCCGGCCGAAACAACCGAGGGGGAAGCACCGGCAGCUGAGCUGCCCCCUCUAUCCCCGCUGCCGCCUCCAAGCACUGACCUGGCGCCCGGAACAGCGGCCGGCAUCAACGUUGGCCCGUCGGAGGCGGCGGUGUCACAAGUCGACUGGGAUCUUUGGCAAUCCGUUGUUUACGAAGGCCCGGCCGCUGUCGCGCGGUCAAGUGCCGAGGAGUUGAACAAGGCUAUUGCCACCGGUAUCCCCAGCGCUAUCCGUGGUGUUAUCUGGCAGGUCUUGGCACAGAGCAAAAACGAAGACUUGGAGGGAGUCUACAGAGACCUCGUCGCUAGAGGAACGGAGAAGGACAACAGGAAUCGGCACAGCAGCAGCACAGCAGCUAGCAGCUUCAGCAAUGCCAACCUUAGUGUCCAGAGUGGCGAUGGCGUGGCCUCGUCUGCUUCGUCCGUCAACUCCGAACAGUCGGGUGGCUCGGGCCUGAAAGGCGAUAAGAAGGACGACAAGAAUGCCGAGGCCAUCGCCAAGGCUCAGGCUGCGGCUGCGGCAGAGCGGAUGCGCAAGGAAAAAGAAGACGUGGCAGCCAUUCAGAGGCUGGAGAAGGUCAUCCGCCGUGAUCUUGGUGCCCGCACAAGUUAUUCUAAGUAUGCAGCUGCCGCAGGGCUUCAGGAGGGCCUCUUUGGCGUCUGCAAGGCGUAUGCCCUCUUCGACGAAGGCGUCGGCUAUGCUCAGGGAAUGAACUUUCUGAUCAUGCCCCUGCUGUUCAACAUGCCCGAGCAGGAAGCUUUUUGCCUGCUGGUCCGCCUGAUGAAUCAUUAUGGCCUGCGGGACCUCUUCAUCCACGACAUGCCUGGACUGCACCGCCACUUGUAUCAGUUCGAGCGGCUUCUGGAGGAUCUUGAGCCCGCGCUGUACUGCCAUCUUCACCGACGGGGCAUUUCCCCUCAUCUCUAUGCGACGCCAUGGUUCCUCACCCUGUUCGCCUACCGCUUCCCCCUGCAACUCGUCUUGAGAAUCUAUGACUUGAUUUUGUCCGAGGGCCUCUCGGCCAUCAUUCGAUUUGGCAUUGUGUUGAUGCAAAAGAACACCGCCACUCUGCUGGAGAUCUCUGACAUGCAGCAGCUCACCACUUAUUUGAAGGAUAAGCUUUUUGAUGUCUACAUUGACAAGGAUCCCAGCCAGGGUAGUCUUCUGGAGAAUGGCUUCUUCGGCAGCUCCAGUUCAAGCAUCGACAAGGAGAUUUACAGGGCAGACCAGCUGGUGAGAGACGCCUGCGAAAUUAAGCUCUCCGCGGAGCUCCUCGAGGGAUACACUGCGGAGUGGGAGGAAAAGACAAAAGCCGAGAAGGAGCGGGAAACAGAGCUCAAAGAACUUCGAACGUCAAAUCAGGCUCUUACUAUCCAAGUCCGAAAACUGGAAGAAAGAGUCGAGGUCUGCGAUCGCGAACAGGCAGAUCUUGCCACGGAGCUUGUUCACACAAAGGUCGAGAAUGACGAGCUCAAGGACGAGGUGGAAGCCCUCAGGAACCAGGUACAAGAACUCAAGAAGGUCAUUGAAAGGCAGCCCUAUGAGAUGGAGGAAACCUGGAAGCUUGAGCGUGAUGAUUUGAUGAAGCGUAACGAGAAGGUACACCUGGAAAAUGAAAAGGUUGAGAGGGAGUUGGCUGAGCUGGAGGAGGAACUCGUCCAGACAAAGCUGCGGUACGCAGAGAUUGCUGGUCAACACGAGGCCCUGACCCGCAAGUGGUCUGACUUGAAGCGCCAGUUUGUUUAG